AGGUUAACGCAUGCGCUCUGUGGUCUCCGCUGAUGCAAGAAAAUUCAGGCGCAGCGGCACGGGAACAGAGGGACAGACACUUCUCCGUUUUCUUGCUAAUUUAAGUCCGCAAACAUGUCGGGAGACGAGAUGAUCUUCGACCCAAACAUGACCAAAAAGAAGAAGAAGAAGAAGAAGCCCUUCAUGCUAGAUGAGGAAGGAGGAGACGGGACGGCAGGAGAGGAGGUGAAGGAGGUCGAGGCCAAGGAGGUGGAGCCCGAGGGAGGAGACGAUAAGGAGGUGGACUUCGAGGAAGAUGAAGGCAGGAAAAAAGAGCCCUCUGAUGACCUCGAUGAUCUGAACUUCCUCAAUCAGAAGAAGAAAAAGAAGAAGCCCACGAAAUUCCUUGAUAAUGAAGGUGAAGUUGACAUCAAGGGGCUGAAGAUCGAGGGGGAGCAGCCGGAGCCCAUGGAGGAGGACGAUCUGGACCUGAUGCUCCCCUCCAAGAAGAAGAGGCACAAGAAGGUGGAGUUCGAGGAGGGGGCGGAGACGCUGGAGAAGGACGACGUGCCCGAUGACGACGAGGGGAAAAAUAACGACGGAAUCUCCUUCAGUUCCUCCAGCGGGCCGGCCUGGGCCGGGACAGAGAGGGACUACUCAUACGACGAGCUGCUCAACAGGGUCUUCAACAUCAUGAGGGAGAAGAACCCGGACAUGGUGGCCGGGGAGAAACGCAAGUUUGUCAUGAAGCCCCCCCAGGUGGUCCGGGUGGGGACCAAGAAAACCUCCUUCGUCAACUUCACAGACAUCUGCAAGCUGUUGCAUCGUCAACCUAAACAUCUCCUCGCUUUCCUGUUGGCUGAGUUGGGAACCAGUGGCUCCAUAGACGGAAACAACCAGCUGGUGAUCAAAGGCCGAUUCCAACAGAAGCAGAUUGAGAACGUCUUGAGAAGAUACAUCAAGGAGUACGUGACGUGUCACACCUGCCGCUCGCCCGACACCAUCCUGCAGAAGGACACGCGGCUCUACUUCCUGCAGUGCGAGACGUGCCACUCCCGUUGCUCCGUCGCCAGCAUCAAGACCGGCUUCCAGGCCGUCACCGGCAAGCGAGCCCAGCUCCGCGCCAAGGCCAACUAACCCCCCCCCCCCCCCCCCGAGAUCUGUCCCCGGCUCCGGGCUCCGACUCCCUGCCUGGUGGGGGGGAGGGAGGGAGGGGGGGCUGAGGGGGUACAGGUGGAUCUGUGCCCCGCCCCCUCUGUGUUUUGUAACUGGACUCUGAAUCAGACUGAGGGAGGGUGCUCUGGGAGGGGGAGUCGACGUCUGCGUGCGUCCCACCGGGCUGAGGGGGGGGAGGGCGAUGGAGGCGUCAUAUGAGAAGCUUGUGUGUUCCGUAAGACCGCACCUUGCCAUAUGAUUUUAUUAGAUAUUCUUUUGUCGUUCCCCCCCCCCCCCCCCCAACUGGCUGUGAUUGGACGGUCGAUCCUCUGAAGAAUGCCGGCCGGGCGCCUUCCUUUUGUGCUUUUUAUUUUGUUGAUUUGUAAUCUGACCAUCUAUUAAAAUAACUGCGUUAUUAACCAACGGAAUAAACAACUGAUUUCUCCUGCACACACACACACACACACA